GCUGCCACAGCGCUGGGUUUGGAUUCGGGAUGGGCGACCUGGGGCCGUGACGUCACAAAAGGGGACACGUGACACCACCCUCUGGCUCUCAGCAUGGCCACGAUGGGACACGGAUGAAGCCAUGAGUUUCCUGCUCCCCACGCUUGUCCUGCUGGUGGCCAGCACGGCCGUCCUGCUGGCCACCCGCAUUUGGAAGGCGCGGAAGCGCCUCGGGAGCCGGGCCAGGGGGUCGCGGUGCUGCCGAGCGGCCCCGGGGGCUCCCGGUUCCCCCCCGGCUGAGGAGACCCCUCGCCACAGCCCGGCCGCCCCAGAGAGCCCCCUGUACAUCCCCUGCGGCUGCGGCCCCUGCUGCACCCCCUGUGUGACAGCGGCCCGGGAGCUGCAGGACCUGGUGACGCCGCUGUGGCCCGAGGUGUCCUUCCCGCGGGACUCGGAGAUGUGGCAGCUGUUGUGGGAGGACCUGGAGCAGCUGCUGGAGCCAGGCCAGCUGCCCUGCUGCGCCUCCUCCAGCUCCCCCAGCUCCUCCGGGAGCCUCCGUCCUUCCCGGAGCCUCAGCGAGAGCUGCCGGGCUCCGGCUGGAGAAGGCCUCGUGGACAGAUCUCGCUGCUCCCUUGCAGCUGCGGGCGUGAGGAGAAACUGCUCAUCCUUGAGGAUGCACGUGGCCAGGAAGAGCCUGGAAGUGAAGCUGAGAGCCCCGCCUGCACCAGUGAGGCGUUCCCAGGAGCGGCUGGAGCAGCGGGAAGCGUCGCCCCCUUCCUUGGAGAGCCUCCCCCGCUCUGGGAGCCCCAGCGGGAGCUGCCGGACUGCGGACGGGGAGGAUGCCUCAGACAGCGCCGGGAGCUCCUGCGGAUCUGCGGAUAUCAGCGGGGCCCGCUCGGCCCUGAGGAUGCACGUGGCCAAGAAGAGCCUGGAAGUCAAACUGGGAGCCCGGCCUGCUCCAGUGAGGAGCUCCCAGCAGCAGGUGGCACAGCAGGAAGGGUCCCGGAGCUGCCGGUGCUCGAUCCGCAGCUCCCGCAGCACCGCAGGGUGGCCGAAUGGGAACGCCCUGCGCUACAAGUCGGAGAAGAUCCUCCAGAGGCAACGGGAGUUGGAGUUCCCCCAUCUCCGGGGGGUUUCUCCAAGUAGGAUGAGGCCCCUGUUGGCAGCUCAGACACUUCUGAGGAUGCUCUGUUAUAAAUAAACCAGCAUUAUCCCCAAAGAA